AUGGAGGCGCGAUGGAGUUCCGCGGUGCUUCUGGUGGUGCUGGUGCGGGCCUGGGCGCUGGUGUCGGGGCAGGUGCGGUACUCGGUGCCGGAGGAAGCCAAGGUCGGGACGGUGGUGGGGCGGCUGUCGCAGGAGCUGGGUGUGGAGGCGGGCGAUGCGGAGGCGCGGCGGCUGCGUGUGGUGUGGCAGGGCCGGCGGGCGAGCGUGGAGGUGAGCGGGGCGAGCGGGGCGCUGGUGGUGAGCUCGCGGCUGGACCGGGAGGAGCUGUGCGGCAAGAGCGCUCCCUGCUCCCUGCGUCUGGAGCUGCUGCUGGAGCGGCCGCUGCGCGUCUUCCAUGUGGAGCUGGAGGUGACCGACAUUAACGACAACGCCCCGCUCUUCCCCGCCUCACGGAAAAACAUCAGUUUACCGGAGAACUCCCCAGUCGGUUCCCGUUUCCCACUGGAGGGCGCGUCGGAUGCAGAUGUCGGAGCGAACGCGCAGCUCUCCUACACACUCAGUCACAGCGAACAUUUCGCUUUGGAUUCAGAAAAACUGAAUGAGGGAAAUACAGUACCCGAUCUAGUUCUCCGAAAGCUGUUGGACCGCGAGAUGGUGCCUGUGCAUCGGUUGGUGCUGACGGCGAGUGACGAGGGCCGUCCGCCUCUGACAGGCACAAUGGAGCUGGUGAUCACAGUGCAGGACGCGAAUGACAACGCCCCGCAGUUCAACCAGUCGGUGUAUAAAGUGCAGCUGCUGGAGAACGCUCCUCAGGGGACGCUGGUGGUGCGGGUAAACGCCACGGAUUCGGACGAGGGGAGUAAUAGUGACGUCACCUACACGGUGACCAAUGUCAUCCCACCAGGUGGAAAAGAUGUGAUUAGUGUCAAUCCCCACACGGGUGAGAUCCGACUGACAGGAGCCCUGGACUUUGAAGAAGUCAGUGUGUUUGAUUUCCGAAUAGAGGCGAGAGACAAAGGCACCCCUCCGCUGUCCGGUCACUGCAAGGUGUUUUUGGAGGUGCUGGACAUGAACGACAACGCACCCGAGGUGUGGGUGACGUCAUUGUCGGUGCCGGUGCCGGAGGACGCGUCGGUGGGGACGGUGGUGGCGCUGCUGAGCGUGUCGGACCGGGACUCGGGGGCGAACGGGCGAGUGCAGUGCUCGGUGUGGCCGACGUCGCCGUUCGGUCUGGAGUCGAGGUUCGCGGGGUCGUACUCGCUGGUGCUGCGAGAGACGCUGGACCGGGAGCGGGUUUCGGAGUACGAGGUGGAGGUGCGGGCGGAGGACGGCGGGAAGCCGUCGCUGCGUGCGAGGCGCGGUGUGCGUGUGCCGGUGUCUGACGUGAACGACAACGCGCCGUCGUUCUCGCAGGCCGUGUACACGGUGCUGGCGCGGGAGAACAACGCGGCGGGCGCGGAGCUGGCGCGGCUGUGGGCGCGGGACCCGGACGAGGCGGACAACGGUCGCGUGAGCUACUCGUUGUGGGAGGGCGUCUCCGGGGCCCCGUGGUCAGGCGGCGGGUGGCGUCCGGCGUCGAGCUACGUGUCGGUGGACGCGGAGAGCGGUCGCCUGUGGGCGGUGCAGCCGUUGGACUACGAGGAGCUGCAGGUGUUGCAGUUCGAGGUGCGAGCGGUGGACGCGGGGGAGCCGCCGCUGGUCGGCAAUGCGACGGUGCAGCUGUUCGUGGUGGACGAGAACGACAACGCACCGGCGCUGCUGCCGGCCUCGGGCGGCGGUGCGGGGCUGGUUCCGUUUGCGGGUGGCGUGGGCGGGUCGUCGGUAGAGGCGGCGUCCGGUUCGGAGUCGGAGACGCUGUGGGCGUGGGCGGCAUGGGGGUCUCCGGCAGGGCAGGUGGUGGCGAAGAUCCGUGCGGUGGACGCGGACUCGGGCUACAACGCGUGGCUGCGGUACGAGGUGUGGGAGCCGCGUGGGAAGGGCCCGUUCCGCGUGGGGCUGUACAGCGGCGAGGUGAGCACGGCGCGGGCGCUGGAGGAGGCGGACGGCCCGCGGCAGAGGCUGGUGAUCGUGGUGCGGGACCACGGCGAGCCGUCGCGCUCGGCCACGGCCACGCUGAGCGUGUCGCUGGUGGAGGGCGGCGAGGCGGCGCUGGCGGCGGCGGGGUCGUCGUCUUCGUCGGUGUCGGGUGUGGUGCUGCCGGCGGAGGGCGGCGCGGCGGCGGGCGCGGCUUCGGCGUCGGCCAACGUGUGGCUGGUGGUGGCCAUCUGCGUGGUGUCGAGCCUGCUGGUGCUGGCGCUGGUGCUGUACGGGGCGGCGCGGUGGGCGCCGCGGGCGGCCGUGCUGUCGGGGCCGGCUCCGGCGACGCUGGUGUGCGCCAGCGAAGUGGGCAGCUGGUCGUACUCGCAGCGGCAGAGCCGGAGCCUGUGCGUGGCGGAGGGCGCGGCCAAGAGCGACCUGAUGGUUUUCAGCCCCAACUUGCCGCCGCCUCAGCCUGGCCCCGCGUCCAAGGACACCUCGCAGCCGGAGCCUUCCGCUCUGCUGAACACGGUCAGUAGUCCUCGCUUUCUCGCCACUUCCCCCACCCACGUGGGCAUUUUGCGGGUGCUUAAGAAUCUUGAUGGCACCUUUGUCUCUGCCUGCACCUUUUUGACCCUGACCUUUGGUUCUUGCUUUCAUACGUCACAACUCAAUGUGGUGGGAGAUGCCAUCUCUUCAGAUUUCAAGAAGCUCUUUGUGCUGGUGUGUGGCAUUUGA